UGGGUGGAUGCAACGAACAUGACGUCAACAAUGGAGACUGCCCUAAUCUGCAAAACACAGAUUUCAUAGUUUUCAAGUUCUCCUACUGUUUUUCCUCUAGUUAGAGCUUUUGAUCGAUAAAUGCGUAGAGUUCUUUCAGUUUUAUUGUGUGGAAAAUAAAAAAGCAACAGCCAUCUGCCUCUCAGUGUAGAUGGCCACAACUUAAUCCAGAUUAUGGCUGCAGCAUAAACGUUUUUUUUUUUUCUCUGGCCGCCAUUACUAGUCAACAGUGUGUCCUUGAUAACAGACAGGCAGGUCGGUUAGCCUAGCUCCAAUUAGACCAACAACUAUCCAUCUGAGGGACUUCUCUUACCUUUCACCAAAAGAUUUCGGGAAAUCGCAACUUGACGUCAAGCUUGAAACUCCAUCGGGGUGGAAAAAAAUGGCAUUUCUAAUCAAAAGUAUGGUGGGGAACCCACUAAAGGGAAUGGGAUUUGGAGGAGGAGAGGAAAAGGCUGAGGAAGAAACCCCCAAGGACCCUGCAGCGGCCGCCGGUAUGACUAGAGAAGAAUAUGAGGAGUACCAGAAACAGCUAGUGGAGGAGAAAAUGGAAAGAGAUGCAGACUUCUUGCACAAGAAAGCAGAGAGGGCGACUCUGAGGGUCUGUCUACGAGACAAAUACAGACUUCCUAAAAGUGAGCAGGAUGACAACAUGAUCCAGAUGGCAGGAGAUGACGUGGACGUUCCCGAGGAGCUGCUGAAGAUGGUGGAUGAGGAUGCCACGGAGGAGGAGGAGAAGGACUCCAUCCUGGGACAGAUGCAGAACUUACAGAACAUGGACAUGGAUCAGAUAAAAGAGAAAGCCAGUGCUACACUGACAGAGAUCAAGACCAAGGCUGAGGAGAAGUGUUCUGUCAUGUAGCAGUUUAGCAAAUUCACACAUUUCUACAAACCAGGUUGGGUUUUUGAAAUAAAGUUUUGAAAACCUUUUUUUGACAUGUCUUCAAAUGAAAUUUAAUUUGAAAGCAUGUCAGAAGAAAUCACUCUGCAUUCCCAAAAGCUGCAAGAAUCUGGAUCUAGAUCAGGUUCUCUUGCUUGGCUCCCAAUUUCGCUGUAGGACUUUUUAUUUCGUAUGUGAUGUUUGAAUAAAUUAUGUUGUAGUCUAUUCCCUCCUUGUCCUUUUUUUUUUUUUUUUUGGUGUCGUUGUUGCAAUAUUACCUGUAAAUAUAUCUAACAAUCAUCUAACUUGAACCUGAGGUGGAGAAGCUAUGUUUAAAUCCCCCUCCUGCUUUUUUGCACAAGGGAUGAGACGAAUGUUAUGCUGUUAUUUCUUGUUCAUUUUUUCUCUCUCUCUUUUAUUGACAGCGGAGCAUCUAGCACUGACAAAUAUGAUAUUGAGAUACUCAUUAGAAUUCUUUAGUCAUAUGUAUUAAGUUUUUAUGUGAAGUAAAUAGGCAUGAAUCGGAUUGUAAACAGAUUAAACACAUGAAUAAAUGCAUUUGUGAUCAAAAUAA